AUGCCGUGGCAAAAUGGGGUAUCUAAUAAUGAUGCUGGUGUAUUCUGUCUGAGGCACAUGGAGACCUAUUUUGCAGAAAGCAUUGAUGAUUGGGAAGCUGGGUUUGACACAGGAAAUUCAGGAAAGCAGAUUGAGACCUUAAGGGUGAAAUAUAUGGCUGAAAUUCUAUUAUCUGGAGUUAAUGACUACAAUGAGUUCGUGUUGGAUGCUGCUCGAAGAUUUAACAAGGAAUUGAGGAAGAAAGUAAAACCCUAA